UACUGUCGCAUAACCUCUCAUUUCUCUUCCUUUUACUGCGACGAGCGAAAUAUCAAGUUGAUUUUUUGAAAACGUGGGAAUAAAAUAACUCAAAAUGGUCAACUUUACAGUCGAUGAAAUCCGUGCCAUGAUGGACAAAAAGAAAAACAUCCGUAACAUGUCCGUCAUUGCUCAUGUGGAUCACGGAAAAUCUACCCUUACCGACUCUUUAGUGUCGAAAGCUGGUAUCAUUGCUGGCGCAAAGGCUGGUGAAACUCGUUUCACAGAUACGCGUAAGGAUGAACAAGAGAGAUGCAUCACCAUCAAAUCAACCGCUAUCUCCAUGUACUUCGAAUUGGAAGAUAAGGAUUUGGUUUUCAUUACAAAUCCUGAUCAACGUGACAAGGAAGAAAAAGGAUUUUUAAUCAAUUUAAUUGAUUCACCCGGCCACGUCGAUUUCUCAUCUGAAGUCACAGCUGCCCUUCGUGUAACUGAUGGUGCAUUGGUCGUUGUAGAUUGUGUAUCAGGUGUGUGCGUCCAAACUGAAACUGUAUUGCGUCAAGCUAUCGCUGAACGUAUCAAGCCUGUUUUAUUCAUGAACAAGAUGGACCGCGCUUUGUUGGAAUUACAAUUGGAAGCAGAAGAUUUGUACCAAACAUUCCAGCGCAUUGUUGAAAACGUUAAUGUUAUCAUCGCUACUUAUUCUGAUGACGAUGGUCCCAUGGGAGAAGUUCGUAUUGAUCCAUCGAAAGGAUCUGUCGGUUUCGGAUCGGGUCUUCACGGAUGGGCCUUCACGCUCAAGCAAUUUUCAGAGAUGUACGCCGCUAAGUUCAAGAUUGAUGUCGUGAAACUUAUGAAUCGUUUGUGGGGUGAAAAUUUCUUCAAUCCUAAGACAAAGAAAUGGUCAAAGAGCAAGGAAGACGACAACAAACGUUCUUUCGUUAUGUAUAUCUUAGAUCCAAUUUACAAGGUCUUCGACGUUAUCAUGAACUACAAGAAGGAAGAAAUCGGACCAUUAUUGGAGAAAAUCGGAGUAACAUUGAAGCAUGAAGACAAAGAUCAAGAUGGAAAAAAAUUGUUGAAGACCGUUAUGCGUACUUGGUUGCCAGCUGGAGAAGCUUUACUUCAGAUGAUUGCGAUUCAUUUGCCAUCACCCGUUGUGGCCCAGAAAUAUCGUAUGGAGAUGUUGUACGAAGGUCCAUUGGACGAUGAAGCAGCUGUCGCUGUGAAGACUUGCAACCCUGACGGUCCUUUGAUGAUGUACGUGUCAAAGAUGGUACCAACCAGUGACAAGGGACGUUUCUAUGCUUUCGGUCGUGUCUUCUCUGGCAAAGUUCAAACUGGCCAGAAAUGCCGCAUCAUGGGACCAAAUUACCUUCCCGGAAAGCGCGAAGAUUUGUAUGAAAAAUCGAUCCAACGUACAAUCUUGAUGAUGGGACGUUAUGUUGAAGCUAUUGAAGAUGUUCCAUGCGGUAACAUUUGCGGUUUGGUUGGUGUUGAUCAAUUCUUGGUCAAGACUGGAACAAUCACAACAUUCAAAGACGCUCACAACAUGAAGGUCAUGAAAUUUUCCGUCUCACCCGUUGUGCGUGUUGCUGUCGAGCCGAAGAAUGCUGCAGAUUUGCCAAAACUUGUUGAAGGUCUUAAACGUUUGGCGAAAUCAGAUCCUAUGGUGCAAUGUAUCAUUGAAGAGUCUGGCGAGCAUAUUAUUGCUGGUGCUGGUGAAUUGCAUUUGGAAAUUUGCUUGAAGGAUUUAGAAGAAGAUCACGCUUGUAUCCCAUUGAAGAAGUCCGACCCCGUCGUCUCUUAUCGUGAAACUGUCUCUGAAGAGUCAAACAUUUUAUGCUUGUCGAAAUCACCAAACAAGCACAAUCGUUUGUUCAUGAAGGCCGUUCCAAUGCCCGAUGGACUCCCUGAAGACAUCGACAAAGGCGAGGUGAAUGCUCGUGACGACUUCAAGAUUCGUGCUCGUUAUUUAUCAGAGAAAUACGAUUGGGAUGUCACUGAAGCUCGUAAGAUUUGGUGCUUCGGUCCCGACGGUACAGGACCAAAUGUUAUCAUGGAUUGCACAAAGGGAGUACAAUAUCUCAAUGAAAUUAAGGAUUCCGUUGUUGCUGGUUUCCAAUGGGCUACUAAAGAAGGUGUUUUAGCUGAAGAGAACAUGCGAGGCGUUCGUUUCAACAUUCAUGACGUGACAUUACACGCUGAUGCCAUUCAUCGCGGUGGUGGUCAAAUCAUUCCAACCACUCGUCGUGUCUUGUAUGCUUCUUACAUCACAGCUGCACCACGUCUUAUGGAGCCAGUGUACUUGUGUGAGAUUCAAUGCCCAGAAGUUGCUGUUGGUGGUAUCUACGGUGUCCUCAAUCGUCGUCGUGGUCAUGUCUUUGAAGAAGCACAAGUAGCUGGAACACCAAUGUUCGUCGUAAAAGCUUACUUGCCUGUCAACGAAUCGUUCGGUUUCACAGCUGAUUUACGAUCAAAUACAGGAGGACAAGCUUUCCCACAAUGCGUCUUUGAUCAUUGGCAGAUCUUCCCUGGUGAUCCCAACGAACCAUCAACAAAACCAUACACCAUUGUGCAGGAGACACGUAAACGUAAGGGUCUUAAGGAAGGCUUGCCUGACUUGGCUCAAUAUUACGACAAGAUGUAAACAAACUUUCGACUGCAUCAAAACUUUUUUUUUCUUUUCAAAUUCUUCUUUUUUUUUAAUUUAAUAAUACAUUUUUAAUUAUUAAAUUUUCUUUUUUUAAACCGUUCAAUUUAUUAUUUUAAUUCUUUCAUUUUGAUAUUCUUUUCGUAAGCGACUUUCAAAAUAUCUUAGAAGUUAUUUUUUAAAACAAACAAAGAUAUUCUUUCAAGAUACAAAUGAAAUCAUUAAAAAUCAGAUUCAUUUCGCUUUUGAUUCGAUGGUGUUGAGAAUUGAAGCUCAACUAGCGAUAAUAAUGAAGAUUUAUUUAAAAAAAUAACCCGUGGAAAUACUUAGGGAAGAUCUAUUGUUCAUUCAUGACCGAAAAGCUAAGAUUAAAGGAAAAUGGGAAGAAAACCAUAAAGAGAUGUGAAAAGUUGAAUAAAAUAUAAUUAUUUAAACAAUUUUCGCAACAAAAUGAAUUUUUUUAUUUGAAGUUUAGUAAAAUUUGUUACAGAAUUUCUUUUACGAUUUUUGAAGUGUUGGUGGUGAGUUGUGAACUUCCUGAAUCGCUGACCAUUCAAAUCCAAUUCAAUUUCUCAACAAAAUUUCUUCAUUGACUUGGGAGAA